CCGUUCUCUGGUGAUCAUAUCUCGAUUUCAAUUCGUUCCAAAGAUCUAGUGGAUUUUCAAUGGUUAGAUAUUGAUCCUUGAGACUCUUAACUAGAUGAUGACGAAUGAUCAUGAUGGCUCUGUAACGAUCCUUCUCAUUUGGAUUACUGUUCUCGGUGAUACAUUCACCGAGACCCUUGGAUUUCAAGAUAAUCUUAGCAUCAAGCAUCCACUGAUGGUAAUUGUCUCCAGAUAGAUUAAGGGCAGUGAAAUCAAGGUUAUUGAUUUUCGACAUCUGAAAUCAUAUAUUAAUAUUUUAGAUCUUUAGUAAUAGUUUUUAAGUUUAAACGAUUAGGAUUUUAGGUUCAAACAAUCAAACAAUGCCUCACGGCCAAGAUCUAUGCCUUACGGCCAAUGAGUAAGCUGCACGGCCAAGUUAAGCCACACGGCUAUGGAUGCAUUCGGUUCACUCUUAUGCAUUUAGUUUGUUAUGUAAUUGCAAUCCUAACAUGGUUUCUAUUAGUUUAUACGAGACGGAAAAAAAACAAGAAACCUCUCUGCCAAGCAAUAGAACAAGCCACAUGGCUAUUUGGUUUGAUUCAAUACCAUUCCUAACAUGAGAUUCUAAGUUCAAAUUGCAAUCAAUCAAAUGUGGUCAGGUUUAGAUAUGAAUGCCGCAAGGCCACACGGCCACGGGUUAUGAUCUAGAAUAAUUGACCUAGAAUGUAUCAAGGCCACACGGCCACAAUCCAAAUUCAAUUUCAAAAUACUCUAAACUAGGUUAUUUAGGGUUUCAGUUUAAACAAGACAAAUUCAGAUUAAAGUUUAAACAAUCAUAAUCAAUAGUUCUAGGUGAUCAAUCAAUGUUCAAAUUCCAAACAAUACAAAUCAAUUUUUUUUUCAGAUUAGGGUUUUGGGAAUUUGAUUUGAUUUUAGAUCAAAGGAGUUUAAUUUUGAGAUUCAAAACCUUCAAGUUUCUGAUUUUAAUUGAUCAAUGGAUCAAAUCUCGAUUUUAGGGUUUGGAUUGAACUUAUAGAGCUUCGAUUUACUCAUAGGGGUUUGAUCUAUUGUCCUAUGGCUUUCAUCUUUUAGAGAUUAGGUUUUUAGGGUUUCAAUCUUUACAAAACAGCCAAAUUCGAUUUCAUGUUUUCAGAAUUCGAAUUACCUUUAGGUUUUGAAGAUUUUAGAACCGAACCACCAAGAGAACCUCGAGCUGGAUGAUCGGACGCGAGCUGGAACGAGCUGGAACGCGAGCUGGAACUGUCGCGUGAUGAGGCGUGAGCUGGAACGGGACGCGUCUGAGCUGAGAUCGUCGGAGUGCUGAGUUGAGACGGAACAGGGUAGAGUUCGUCGGAUUAGGGUUAGAUGAAUGCACCAGCUAGGUUUAGGGUUUUAAGGGUUUGCGAUUUUGGUUUCUUAGGCUCAGAGUGUUUAGUGACUAUCGUGCUGAUAACGUGUUGUGAAACUUAGGAUUUAGAACUGUAAGUUUCUGUAUAUUAUUAUUGAAUAAGUGUUCCCUUUAUAUAAGGGUUACAAGAGAGAUAAAUGGAAAAUACAAAUAUAGGAAAGAUUACAAAUCAUAAACAUAAAGGAGAAGGAAAAUCCUAAUCAUACAAGGAAAAGAAAAUUGAGUUUCCUUUUCUCCUAAACUAUGUAGCCGUCUCUCUCUCUCUAAGUCUCGCGGCUGCCGCCUCUCUCUCUAGGGUUGGGCCAUCUCUCUCUCUAAGUGUAUGGGCCAGUUAUGGACCGGGCCAGUUAUGGACCGGGUCGGUUAUGGACAUCCAUCAAUUGAUUUAUAACAGUCACUAAUGAAUUUUGAAAAUUUCAAGUAUUUGUUAAGAGAUAUAAAUUCAUUCAUCAAUAAUAUUUUGUUAUUAUUUAUUCAUCCUGCAUUUUCCGAUCCUUUAACUAAGAGCAUCUCCAAGUCAUCCUUAUAUUUGUCUCUAAAUGCUAUAAUAGAGUAAAAUCAGCUCCAACCCACCCCUAUUUUUUCCCCUAAAAUAGAGAUUGCUAUUUUUUCCUCUAUAUUUAAGGAAAAAAAUAGCAUUCCUCUAUAAUAGAGGCAAACGUUUUUAUUUACAAAGUAGUCCUCUAAUUUCUUAUGAUUGUAACUAAAAUACUUAUGUAUGAAGAAAUACAAUUCUUACAUAUAAAAUUACACCUUUUUGUUUACGUACUAAUUAUUAAUUUUUAUAACUAUAGUUAUAAUUAAAAAAAAAAUUAUUAUUUAUUUAAAAGUCAAUUAUAAUUAAAAUAAAAUAAAAAAAUUAUUAUUUUAUUCAAAAGUCAAAGAAUUUUUAUUUAAAUAUUAAUCAAUACAACAUAUUAAAACAACUUAAUACUCUGGUAAAUUACUACCGGAUCCACAAAGAUUGUUAAAAUAUUGUCCAAACGAUGUUGAUGGAGGAGGAAUUUAUUGAUUUUGUUGUUAGUAACUGCGCUUUUGUAAAAUCCGUGCUUUCUCUGCUUGGAAAUGUUCACGAACAUUUGGAUAUUCUAUGGAAUUUAAGUCACAAAAUAAAAUUUUGUUUUCUUCUUUCAUCUCUUCCAAAGCAUAAUUUUGUCUUUGAAUCACCAAGUGUUGUUGUAUUUGUUCACUUGACUUCUUUAGUUGUUCCCUGAAUUGGUUAUUUCCUCUUUCUAAUGUAUUGAUAACCGAAUUGGUUUGAUCAACAAUUUUUCGCUUCAUUUUGGAUUUCUUUACUCCAAGUGGUCGUGAAGAUGGAGAUCCACUAAUAUUCUCACUCUCAUCAUUUAAGUUUAGUGAAGAAGAAGAUAACUUGGUGAUGCUUGAGUUGGAGAAUCAAGAUUGAGAUUAUCUGAUUCUAAAGAUGUGUACUCAACACCACAUGGAUUAGAGAAUCGUUUGGCAUGGGCAACACCAUCUUGAAAUUUUUCAAAUUUUUUAAUAAUGUCCCACACAUGCUCAAAUUUCUAACCUCCUUUAAACAUUGGAUCUUCUCUUAACAUUAAUUUGGCUUGAUUAACCUGCAUAUCAUUUAAAAAAACAUUCAAAUAUUCAUACAAAAAUUAUCCAAAAAAAUAUAUGUAAAUAUAAAAAUUAAUUCUUACAAUAUCAUCACUUGAAGCACCACUUGGACGUCUAUUUUCACAUUGUUUUAUGCAUGCAUGCAAUUUUUUCGCUGCUUUUUGAAUUGUUUGAACCCGGGAUUGAAUUUAUUUUUUGGACCGGUCACUCCACAUUGCAUCUUUUCCAUUGUCGUAAGCUUCGACCACACGACCCCAAAAUUGAUCGGAUGAUUGAUAAACACCUUGAAUUAGAUCUUGAGAAAUUUGCAUAUAAAUGUGACAUAAAAACUUAUCUUCUUCACAGGAAUAUCCAGAAGAGCGGGACAUUUUUUGAUAAGUGUAAAUAUUAUAGAAGUCUUUAGUGUUGUGAAUACAAAUGUUGUGUCUAUGAUGGUAUUUAUAGGACAAGGUAACACAAUUUUAUGGGCUUACACAAAAUAUUUUACACCAAUGCAUGUUUAUUUUAGUCUUUCCUUGUAAUAGUUAAUAGCUGCACCAAUGCAUGUUUCAAUUAUUUUUGGGGCAGUAAACCUAGCUAUCAAAAAUAUAUAUGCCCAACGUAUCUUUGCAUUGUUUGACCUAGAACUCUAAAUUAUUUUGAGCAAUCUCAUUCAUAGAUUUUUAAAUGUUGUAGCUGGAAGUUUGUGUGCAUUGUUUGAUUUAACACUGUCAGUGCUUUGUUCAACUUAACUACUGCAGCUUGAAGUUUAGAUAAGGUCAGUGCUUUCGUUGGCUUUUUAUUGUGUGAAUCAAAAUAUAUACAGAAUUUCUGAUGCUAAGCACUAGUACCUACGAUGUGAUUAUUAAACAUAAACAUUCAAAUAGAAAAUAGCCUUUAGAAAAAAUAUAUAAAGAAAAGAUAACAAAUAAGCACCAAUGCAUGUUUCAAUUAUUGUUGGGGCAGUAAACCUAGCUAUCAAAAAUAUAUAUGGCCAACGUAUCUUUGCAUUGUUUGACCUAGAACUCUAAUUUUUUUUUGAGCAAUCCCAUUCAUAAAUUUUUAAAUGUUGUAGCUGGAAGUUUGUGUGCAUUGUUUGACUUAACACUGUCAGUGGUUCAACUUAACUACUGCAGCUUGAAGUUUAGAUAAGUUCAGUGAUUUCAUUGGCUUUUUAUUGUGUGAAUCAAAAUGUAUAAAAAAUUUCUGAUGCUAAGCACUAGUACCUACGAUGUGAUUAUUAAACAUAAACAUUCAAAUAGAAAAUAUAUAUCCUUUAGAAAAAAUAUAUAAAGAAAAGAUAACAAAUAAGCACUAAUGCAUGUUUCAAUUAUUGUUGGGGCAGUAAACCUAGCUAUCAAAAAUAUAUAUGGCCAACGUAUCUUUGCAUUAUUUGACCUAGAACUCUAAUUUUUUUUUGAGCAAUCCCAUUCGUAGAUUUUUAAAUGUUGUAACUGGAAGUUUGUGUGCUUUGUUCAACGUAUCUUCGUAUUGCUUUGUCUUCUUACAUCACAUGCUUGGCCAUUUAACCGAUGUUGUACUAACACUAAAUUUUCACCAUCUUCUUUACAAUACUACACAAUUUUGUGACUGAAGAAUUUAAUGAAAGUCAUGUAGUUGUAGGUUGUAAUGUUCUCUAGCCAACCUAGAUAUAUUCAUAACACUUUAAAAAUUGUUCUCACCUAAAAUACAAAAAGCCAAAAAGAAAUGAAAUAACCUGAUGAAAAGCAAAUAUAAAGAAACUGACAUUGGCCUAGUGCACUUGGAGAAGUAGGACGUGAGACAACUAAAUGUAAACAAUUUUUUUAUUACAGAAAAUAGAAAGAAUUUUAUUUACAAUUAUGUCACUACAUUUUCUCUAUAAAUAGAUCCCAUCAUUUUCUUUUAGUCCUCACACUUCUACACACAAAUUAUUUUGCUUACCUUACAAAAACAUCUCUAAAAAAAUGAAUUUCAGUUUUACUUUACCAAAUUUUCACCAUUCAUCAUCCUCUUCUUCAGAUGAUGAAAAUAUGGAAUUUUUCAAUGUUCUUGACCAUGAAGAAGAAACAGUGCAACUUGCUAUUUCUAAUAACAAUCUGGUUAUACAAUAUCUUCUUAAUCAACAAGAAAACCAGGCGAUUCAUGGUGGUUCAGUUCCUGGCCGUUGUUUCAUCCACUGUAAUCAAGAGAGUGCCCAUGAUAGAUUGUUCAAUGAUUAUUUCUCGGAAACUCCAAAAUAUAAUAAUAUUUUAUUUCGGAGGAGGUAUUGUAUGUCUCGUUCUCUAUUCCUCUGCAUCCUUCAUGAAGUUGAAGUUCAUGACAACUACUUCACACAACGAAGGGAUACUAUAGGUAGACUUGGAUUGUCAUCUAUUCAAAAAGUAACCGUUGCUUUUCGGAUGCUAGCAUACAGUCUUCUUGCAUAUGCCGUAGAUGAGUAUAUAAAGAUUGGUGAAUCCACGACAAUCGAAAGCAUGAAGAAGUUUUGUCGAGCUAUUGUGGAGAUAUUCUCAGCCCAAUACCUACGAUCACCAACACUUGAUGACGUUUCCAGACUUCUUUAUAUUGGCGAAAAACGAGGCUUUCCGGGAAUGUUUGGUAGCUUAGAUUGCAUGCAUUGGAAGUGGAAAAAUUGUCCUACUGCUUGGGCUGGACAAUAUGCUGGUCGUAGUGGAUCACCUACUAUAAUUCUUGAAGUUGUGGCUAAUUAUGAUCUUUGGAUAUGGCAUGCAUAUUUUGGAUUGCCGGGGACUAAUAAUGAUAUUAACGUGUUGGAGUCUUCUCACAUUUUCUCCAAUCUUGCUCAAGGUAUUGCUCCUCUUGUCCACUAUGUCAUUUAAGGAAAAGAAUAUAAUAUGGGUUAUUACUUGGCCGAUGGUAUAUAUCUGAAAUGGUCAACCAUAGUGCAAACUAUUCAUGAGCCAGUAGGUCCAAAGAAAAAAUAUUUUGCAGCACAACAAUAGGCAUGUAGAAAAGAUGUAGAACGUGCAUUCAGAGUUUUACAAUCACGUUUUGCGAUUGUGAAAGAACCGGUACGUUUUUGGAAAAAAAAAGUACUACAUGAUAUAAUGACUACAUGUAUAAUUUUACAUAAUAUGAUUAUUGAGGAUGAGUGUGAUCUCGAUGCACCGAUUGGAAUUGGAAGAGAAGCUCCACCUCAGGAAGUCCAAAUACCAGAUAAUGAAGAUAACUAAUUCCAAGAGUUUCUAAGUAGAUUCAGAAAAAUCAAAGAUAAAAAAAGCUCAUUUCUCACUUCCGAAUGCAUUAAUUGAUCAUUUAUGAGAAAAAUUUAGUAAUAAUGAUUGUUAGAUAAUGGUACUUUGUUUUUUUUUUUUUUGUCUAAUGUAUUUUUGUAAUAAAAUGUUUAAUUUAAAUAAUAUUGUAAUAUUAUGAAAAAAUUUCAAAAAGUAUACUGAAUGGGUUAAUUUUCAACAUUUGCAAGUUAGAAGUGUAAAAUGUAAAAUAGAAAAAGAAUCUUUUCAAGAAUAUUCAUUUUUAGAGGAAAAAAUAGAGGAAUACAUUGGAGAGAAAAUCACCUAUAGAGUUCCUCUAUUAUAGAAAAAAAAAUAGAAAAAUAAA